CCCUCCAGGUUCGACCCAUGAGUACAGCGCCAGUCCUGAUGACGUCACCUUUAAGUCUCUGGCGAAGUCCUACUCCCAGUUUAAUCCUGUGAUGUCAGACCCCCAACGGGCUCCGUGCAGGAAGAACGACGAUGAUACCAGCUUCACGGACGGCAUCACCAACGGAGGGGCCUGGUACAGUGUACCCGGAGGCAUGCAGGAUUUUAACUACCUGAGCAGUAACUGUUUUGAGAUAACUCUGGAGCUGAGCUGUGACAAGUUUCCUGCUGAAGACACACUGAAGACUUAUUGGGAGGAGAACCGCAACUCACUGGUCAACUAUAUAGAACAGGUGCAUCGUGGUGUGAAGGGCUUUGUGCGUGACCAUCAGGGUGGAGCCAUCUUUAACGCCUCCAUCUCAGUGGAGGGCAUCGACCAUGACAUCACUACAGCUAAGGACGGAGACUACUGGCGUCUCCUGGCAGCAGGGAACUACAAGGUAUCUGCCUAUGCUCCAGGUUACUUGACUGUCAUCAAGAAGGUGGCUGUCCCCUACAGUCCUGCUAUUAGGGUGGACUUUGAGCUGGAGUCCUUGGUAGAGAGGAAGGAAGAGGAAAAGGAGGAGCUGAUGGACUGGUGGAAGAUGAUGUCAGAGACACUCAACUUCUGAACACUCUGAUUGGUCCAUAGGGCCACUGGCACGUCUGAUUGGUUGACAGGUUGAUUGACGUGUGCGUCUACAAAUGGGUGUACUAUAUUGUGUGUUGUCCCGCCCACUGUACAGGUCUUCUCUCUUCUUCUGUCUUUAUUUAAUUUGGUUUAAUGGUUGAUGUUGUUGUCAAGGGUUACCCCAUUCCAGGGGCUCCAACCUUUUCUAGCAUGCGAUCUACUCAUUAUUUAUCUGGCUUUCCAAUAGGCCCUUUUCUCCCCUGCAACUCUUCCCUGGUCCUUAGUGUACUAGAGGAAGUAGGGCACUAUGUUGUCAACUCUUCCCUGGUCCUUAGUGUACUAGAGGAAGUAGGACACUAUGUUGUCAACUCUUCCCUGGUCCUUAGUGUAC